AUGCCUUUGAAAAAAUUACCAUACAAUGAUGGGUCAACACUCACAGUAAUGGAUUUGGACGGUUUUUACCUGACAUUGGCCAGCAACCUCAAAAACCAGGAGGAAGAAUUGUUGUCUAUGCCUGACUGGCAGGCAAGAGAUGAUGACGUCAUGAUUUGUACCUAUCCAAAAUCAGGAACACACAUGCUUUGGGAAAUUGUAUGCAUGUUGAUGACGAACAAGGCACGGCGGAUACCUACUUCAAAGAGUGAUUAUAUGAUGGAAGUUAUCCCCAAGGCAUCAUACGAUAACUUCCCAUCACCACGUGUUUUAAACACCCACAUGUACUUCGAAUACCUGCCAAAGGACUUCGCCAAACGGAAGUGCAAGAUCGUGUACAUAAUGCGAAAUCCUAAAGAUGUGGCUGUAUCAUUUUUCAACCAUCACAGUAAUAUUAUAAGUUAUAAUUUUUCAGGAACAUGGGGAAACUAUGUUCCAAGAUACUUGAAAGGCGAUGUUGAUUACGGAACUUGGUUUGACUACACCCUUAAAUGGGAAAAAUUCAUGGCAGAUAACCCAGAUUACCCGAUUUUUAUGACAACAUUUGAAGACAUGAAAGAGGACGCCCUCCGAGAGGUGAACCGGCUCGCUAAAUUCCUUGAAGUAGAUCGUGGACAGGACUUUCUCAAGGAAGUCAUCGACCUUUGUCACUUUGACCGGAUGAAGAAGGAGAAAAAUCACAUGGAGGUGGUUGGUGGUUGGAGAGGAGGUACAGCAGCGAUGUACAGAAAGGGUGAAGUUGGUGACUGGAAAAACUGGUUCACAGUGGCACAAAAUGAGCUCUUCGAUCAGGUGUGUCAAGAGAAAAUGAAAUAUUCGGAGGUUAAACCAAGGUAUACAUUAUAG